AUGGGAGGACUUUGCUCCAAGAGUUCCCACAAGGCGGUCAACGCCUGGGCCGCCGACAAUCGCCGCCAAGGGGGUGAUGAUUACAAGCUGAGAAGCUCCAAGAGGACCACUACUUCUGCUGCUGCUGAGGUGGCUCCGCCGCCGGCCGUGGAUAUGGACACUGCUCCGCAGCCGCCUAGAUACUCCCAAGACGGUCCUGCACUUGUCUACGAAGGAGGUGAUGCCACUGAUGACUUUUACGAUGGGAUUCCGCGAUAUAAAUCCGGCUCUUUCCGCAAGGCCAAGGUUUCUGAGGUGGGAUCACGGAUAGGGAGAGGGGCAGUGUCAGUGUUGGACACGCUUGGGAGCAGCAUGACCAAUUUGAAUUCCGCCACUGGUUUCAAUUCAGCGCCGCCAGCCAAGGGGAAUGAGAUUGCUAUUAUAGCAUUCGAGAUUGCCAACACUGUUGUUAAGGGUUACAAUCUUAUGCAAUCUAUUUCGACCAGAAGUAUUAGGAAUUUAAAAGAAGUGGUGUUUCCUUCUGAAGGUGUGCAGUAUUUAGUAUCCAAAGAUACGGAUGAGCUUUUGAGGAUUGUUGCAGCUGAUAAAAGGGAGGAGUUAAAAAUUUUCUCGGGGGAGGUGGUUCGUUUUGGAAAUCGAUGUAAAGAUCCUCAGUGGCACAACUUGGACAGAUAUUUUGAGAAAAUCAGCAGAGAACUUAUUCCUCAGAAGCAUCUGAAGGUGGAGGCAACUUCGGUAAUGCAGCAACUGAUGACGUUGGUCCAGUAUACUGCUGAAUUAUACCACGAGUUCCAUGCAUUGGACCGAUUCGAACAAGACUAUGAACGUAAGCAGUACGAGGAGGAUAAUUUAUCUUCCACUCAAAGAGGUGAUACCCUUGGAAUCUUGAGAUCUGAACUAAAAAGCCAAAGGAAACUAGUUAAAAGUUUAAAGAAAAAGUCACUUUGGUCCAAAAGUAUGGAAGAGGUGAUGGAAAAGCUUGUUGAAAUAGUCCACUUUUUAUAUCUAGAGAUGCAUGCAGCCUUUCGUAGUGCUGAAGGUCAGAAAACUGCGGAGGGAGCCACAAAUAAAUAUCAAAAGUUGGGACCUGCUGGACUUUCUUUACAUUAUGCAAAUAUUGUUCUCCAAAUCGAUACUCUUGUAGUCAGGUCAAGUGCUCCGCCGCCAACUACAAGAGAUACAUUAUACCAGAGCUUGCCGCCUAAUAUAAAAUCAUCUUUACGCUCCAAAUUACAUUCUUUCCAUAUUAAAGAAGAGCUCACUAUCACACAAAUCAAAGCUGAGAUGGAGAAAACUCUGCACUGGCUUGUUCCAAUGGCUGCAAAUACAGCCAAAGAUCACCAUGGUUUUGGUUGGGUAGGUGAGUGGGCGAGUACUGGUGCUGAGACGAAUCGUAAACCAGCUCCACAGACUGAGGUGAUUCGGAUCGAGACAUUCCAUCAUGCAAAUAGGGAAAAAACAGAAGCCUGUGUACUCAAACUAGUGUUGUGGCUUCAUUAUUUGGUCUCUCAAAGCAAGCCUGCAUCCACUAGUGUGGGUAUGCGAUCACCUGUUAAGUCCAUAGCUACCACAACCCUCCCAAACACAAAUAAGCAGCUGACGGACAUCCCUCCCUCAGCCGUGCUAACAACUGAUGACCAACAGAUGCUGCAGGAUGUAAGUAAGAGAAAACGGGUUCCCGGAAUUAGUAAAAGUCAGGACUUUGAGAAUGUUUCUAGUUUGGGAAACCUGGGUAGAUUGAACAAGAGCAACAGCUAUUCAUCAGGGGAAGGAACCAAGAAAGUGUUACCUUUCAGCAGGCUGUCUUCUGGGGUUCCUGUCAUUGAUUUUGGUAUAGAUAAGGAAAAGGCAUUGGAUGUCAUAGAUAGAGUGGAGACACAUAGAGAUCAUCAUCAUCAUCCAAGGGAGUAAAGUAUCUAAGGAUGCUUUGACAUGAUUGGUGUGAUGUAUGAGCGUAAUGACUUCUCAUCUACUCCCAUGAGAAAUUUACUGUGCAUAUUUUCAGUUUGAGUAGAGUCGCUUUUAGUUGCAACUGUCCUGAACGGGGGUAUAUAGAGCUAAAGGGUAAGUUUGUGGACAGUACAACUCAUUUGUUUAUUCCAAGUUUCGUUUUUUAUUAUUAUACUCUCCUGAAGCACAUUUUCUUUAUCUUGAAUGAAAUUUAAUUAAACGAAAGAUAAGGUUACAAUUUGGAGC